CCAUCACCACCACCAAAACCACCACCACCAAUACCGUCACCAUCACCAAAACCACCACCACCAUCACCACCUCCAUCACCACCACCAAAACCACCACCACCAAUACCGUCACCAUCACCAAAACCACCACCACCAAUACCGUCACCAUCACCAAAACCACCACCACCAUCACCACCUCCAUCACCACCACCAAAACCACCACCACCAAUACCGUCACCAUCACCAAAACCACCACCACCAUCACCACCUCCAUCACCACCACCAAAACCACCACCACCAUCAAUACCGUCACCAUCACCAAAACCACCACCACCAACACCACCUCCAUCACCACCACCAAAACCACCACCACCAUCAAUACCAUCACCAUCACCAAAACCACCACCACCAAUACCGUCACCAUCACCAAAACCACCACCACCAUCACCACCUCCAUCACCACCACCAAAACCACCACCACCAUCAAUACCAUCACCAUCACCAAAACCACCACCACCAACACCACCUCCAUCACCACCACCAAAACCACCACCACCAUCAAUACCAUCACCAUCACCAAAACCACCACCACCAUCACCACCUCCAUCACCACCACCAAAACCACCACCACCACCACCACCACCAUCACCACCUCCAUCACCACCACCAAAACCACCACCACCAACACCACCUCCAUCACCACCACCAAAACCACCACCACCAAUACCGUCACCAUCACCAAAACCACCACCACCAUCACCACCUCCAUCACCACCACCAAAACCACCACCACCACCACCACCACCAUCACCACCUCCAUCACCACCACCAAAACCACCACCACCAACACCACCUCCAUCACCACCACCAAAACCACCACCACCAAUACCGUCACCAUCACCAAAACCACCACCACCAUCACCACCUCCAUCACCACCACCAAAACCACCACCACCAACACCACCUCCAUCACCACCACCAAAACCACCACCACCAUCAAUACCAUCACCAUCACCAAAACCACCACCACCAUCACCACCUCCAUCACCACCACCAAAACCACCACCACCACCGCCUCCAUCACCACCACCAAAACCACCACCACCAUCAACACCAUCACCAUCACCGCCACCAAAACCACCACCACCAUCAACACCGCCUCCAUCACCACCACCAAAACCACCACCACCAUCAACACUGUCACCAUCACCAAAACCACCACCACCAACACCACCUCCAUCACCAUCACCGCCACCAAAACCACCACCACCACCAACACCGCCUUCAUCACCACCACCAAAACCACCACCACCAAAACCACCACCACCAACACUGUCACCAUCACCGCCACCACCCUCAUCACUGCCACCAACAUCACCACCACCAAAACCACCACCACCAUCACCACCUCCAUCACCACCACCAAAACCACCACCACCAAUACCGUCACCAUCACCAAAACCACCAACAACAACACCAUCACCACCACCACCAUCAACACCGCCUCCAUCACCACCACCAAAACCACCACCACCAUCAACACCAUCACCAUCACCGCCACCAAAACCACCACCACCAUCAACACCGCCUCCAUCACCACCACCAAAACCACCACCACCAUCAACACUGUCACCAUCACCAAAACCACCACCACCAACACCACCUCCAUCACCAUCACCGCCACCAAAACCACCACCACCACCAACACCGCCUUCAUCACCACCACCAAAACCACCACCACCAAAACCACCACCACCAACACUGUCACCAUCACCGCCACCACCCUCAUCACUGCCACCAACAUCACCACCACCAAAACCACCACCAACACCGUCACCAUCACCGCCACCGCCCUCACCACUGCCACCAACAUCACCAUCAGCACUAUCAUCAUCAUUACUACCACCAUCACCACUACCACUGUAA